GCGAGUCGCGUAACCACCAUCGGAGCUCCCUGGCGUUAGUACCGUAACUGCCACUGACCUUUGCUGGCUUUCAGCAACUGAGGUGCUUCUGGGCGAACCUGCAAAAGCUCCAACCUCCAAAACCGUCACCUGAACAACAUAACAACCUCCAAACAACCGCAGCCAGCUCAUCCACUUUUGAUUUUGACAUUCUGCUCACGACUGGAGCUCAAGUUCCUGUCGCUCAAGCAAACUCGGUGACAAAACUUGAACAUUUCUUGCAGCAGCGAACGCCACCGCCGCGUCCACCUACCCCGGCCAGCCCAACCGACCUUGGUUUCCCCUCCAACUGGACCCAUCGGCUCCGCGAAUCCUCCCACCUACAACCAUCACGGCCAGUAAUCAUGGCGCAAGAAAGCGACCUGUCCAAGACGGCCGAUAAGGGCAAGGGAAAGGCCGUCGAUGACGAGAAGAAGCACCAAGAUGUCGAUGGAAAGACCCCCGCAAACGGAAAGAAGGAGGAGGAACAGAAUGCUUCCGAGGAACUCAGUGAAGAGGAUCAGCAGCUCAAGAGCGAGCUUGAGAUGCUCGUUGAGCGGCUAACGGAAUCCGAUGCGACCCUCUACAAGCCGGCCCUCGAGGCCAUGAAGAACUCUAUCAAGACAUCCACAUCCUCCAUGACGGCGGUACCGAAGCCGCUCAAGUUCCUGCGCCCGCAUUAUGAAACCAUGACGAAACUCUACGACGAGUGGCCCGCUGGCGAUGAUAAGUCAUCUCUCGCAGAUGUUCUAUCGGUGAUCGGUAUGACAUACUCGGACGAGGACCGCCAGGAUACUCUGAAAUACAGACUUCUUUCCCCAACACAGGACAUUGGCUCGUGGGGUCAUGAGUACGUUCGCCAUCUCGCCCUCGAGAUUGGCGAGGUCUACGCCAAGCGCAUAGCCAAUGAUGAGCCGACUCAAGAGCUGGUCGAUCUUGCCCUGGUUCUGGUGCCGCUCUUCCUCAAGAGCAACGCUGAAGCCGAUGCCGUCGAUCUGAUGAGUGAGCUCGAGAUCAUCGAGGAGCUUCCCAAGUUUCUCGACGAGAACACCUAUUCGAGAGUCUGCCUGUACAUGGUCUCCAUGGUCAACCUCCUAACCUAUCCUGACAACGAGACGUUCCUUCGCGUGGCGCACAGCAUCUACAAGAAAUACAACCAGCACACCCAAGCCAUGGUGCUUGCGAUUAGACUCAACGAUCUUGGACUCAUCGAGAAAGAUUUCGAGGCGGCGGACGAGGAUCCUGCGCUUCGCAAGCAGCUCGCUUUCCUUAUCGCGCGCCAGGGCAUUCCAUUGGAGUUUGAAAGGAGCAAUGAUGACGACGAAAAGAUCUACGAGUGCCUUUCCAACCAGAAGCUGUCGGAGUAUUUCAAGUCGCUCGGGAAGGAACUCAACAUCUUGGAGCCAAAAACGACUGAGGAUAUUUACAAGAGCCACCUCGAAAGCAGCCGUGUUGCUGGUAUGACCAACUUUGAUUCUGCCCGACACAAUCUUGCCGCCGGCUUCGUCAACGCUUUUGUCAAUGCCGGCUUUGGGAGUGACAAGAUGAUGCUCGUUGGUAAAGACAAGGACAGCUGGGUGUGGAAGACCAAGGAUGAGGGUAUGAUGUCUACAGUGGCGUCGCUGGGAACCCUGCUCCUUUGGGACGUCGAGAACGGUCUUGACCACGUCGACAAGUAUACUUAUCUCGAGGAGGAGCAAAUCCAAGCUGGCGCAUACCUCGCGAUCGGUAUCAUGAAUACUAACGUUAGGACGGACUCCGAGCCCGCGAUGGCCCUGUUGGCUGAUCCCGACAAGCUUGCGCACAAGAACCCGCUCAUCCGCGUAGCUACCAUUAUGGGUCUCGGACUGGCAUACGCAGGGUCCUGCAAGGAGGAGCUUCUCUCGUUCUUGGUCAACAUUAUCAGCGACCCUGAGGAGAGCAUGCAGGUGUCGGCUAUGGCUGCCCUGGCCUGCGGUAUGAUCUUUGUCGGCUCCUCCAAUUCCGAAGUCAGCGAGGCCAUCGUGACUACCUUGUUGGACGAAGAAAGUGGAAGCCGCCUCAAUGACAAAUGGUCCAGGUUCCUUGCGCUUGGCUUGGGUCUCCUCUAUUUUGGUCGCCAGGAACAGGUGGACGUUAUUCUUGAGACGUUGAAGGCGGUUGAGCACCCUAUGGCGAAGCCAACUGCUGUUCUUGCUGAGAUUUGCGCCUGGGCUGGCACCGGUGCCGUCCUCAAGAUUCAGGAGCUCCUUCACAUUUGCAACGAGCACAUUGAGGAUGGAGAGGAGAAGAAGGGCGAGGAGUUGCUUCAGGCCUAUGCCGUUCUGGGUAUUGGCUUGAUUGCCAUGGGCGAAGAUGUUGGACAGGAAAUGGUUCUCCGCCAUUUUGGUCACCUUAUGCACUACGGCGAAGCUAACAUCCGACGAGCGGUGCCGCUGGCUAUGGGUCUUAUCAGCCCCAGCAACCCUCAAAUGAAGGUUUACGACACUCUGUCACGGUACAGCCACGACAAUGACAAUGAAGUGGCCAUCAACGCCAUUUUUGCUAUGGGUCUCCUGGGUGCCGGUACGAACAACGCUAGACUUGCCCAGCUGCUCCGUCAGCUGGCUAGCUACUAUCACAGAGAUCAGGAGUCUUUGUUCAUGGUCCGUAUCGCACAAGGUCUCUUGCACAUGGGCAAGGGCACUCUUUCCGUCAGCCCCUUCCACACAGAUCGUCAAGUGCUUUCAAACGUGGCGACGGCUGGUCUCCUCGCUGUCUUGGUCGCCAUGAUUGAUGCCAAGCAGUUUAUUACAUCGAAGUCUCACUAUCUCCUCUACUGGAUUGUGACAGCAAUGCACCCUCGCAUGCUUGUUACCCUGGAUGAGGACUUGAAACCUUUGACAGUGAACGUUCGUGUUGGUCAGGCUGUUGAUGUGGUGGGUCAGGCUGGUCGCCCCAAGACCAUCACUGGCUGGCAGACCCAGAGCACACCGGUACUGCUGGGCUAUGGUGAGCGUGCUGAGCUUGAGGAUGACCAAUACAUCAGCCUUAGCAGCACCCUUGAGGGUCUCGUCAUUCUUCGCAAGAACCCCGACUGGGAGGGCGAGAAGUAGAGGGGCUGCAGGUUGGGCGAUGUAUAGGGUUAUGUGGUUCGGUGUGUUUUAGAACGUUAGGAGGGAUCGUCAGGAGGAGAUGGAAGUAUUCAUCGAGAGAGCCAAAGAAAGGGCGGCUAAGCAGACACCACGCACGUGCAUAUGCAGUAGAAAAGCGGACUAUAUCAUUCAAACUGUGUUACAAGGUUCCCAACGGAUAUUCAAGGUAGCAUUUCUGGGAAUUCGAUUGCAAAGAUUGUACAAAGGGGUCUUGUGGUUGAUGCAGUGUGGAUGGAAGAGGCCGAAGCCCCUUCAUUCCACUGCAUUGGAUCUUUACACGCAGUCCAGCUGGUAACCUAUUGGGAUUAGGGUGCUGAAAUCGUCGGCUACUGCGUUCUGCUUCUUUCUCCACUUUUCCUUUUUUUUUCUUUUUUUUGUUUUUCCUCUCGUCCAUAAGAAAGGUUCAAGUUCUGUCGUUGCGGCCCGGUGACUCACUGUACGUAAUCGUAAGUUGUUUUGGUGCCGAGGCUAUCUGGGGAGUCAGUGGCGAGUGGAUGUUGUUGAUUUGCAUGUUGUGUCGAGUGUGGCCUCGGUGUUAACAAAUAGGAGUCUCCGAAAAUCGAAUAGUACAGCAGAA